GAGCAUUUAUGUGAGUUUCCCUUCAUUCUUGUUCACUUUGCCUGCUUGGUUUUUUUUUUUUUUUUUUUUUUUUUUUUUGAUAACUUUUGUCUCCUGCAACAAAAUCUCUUCAGCUCUUUGGGCUUACUGCAUACGUAAUCACAAACUGAUUGUGACCUAUGGAGAAGAAUACAUAAGGGGAUAAAUAUGGCUUUUAAGGGUGAGGACCACUUAGAUUCCCUUCCUUUACCUGUUCAGCGCAUGCAUUUAAUGCAGGUGGACUCUGUUCAGCGGUGGAUGGAAGAUUUGAAGUUGAUGACAGACUGUGAAUGCAUGUGUAUUCUCCAGUCCAAACCGAUCAGUGCUGAGAAGGAUGAACAAAGUGAACUCAUUCUUUCCUCUCAGUAUAACACAAGUGAUAAUUUACAGUUGCUAUUAAAAAGAGCUUGGAUAAUAAGCACAGAGUUGACCAGGAUUGCUCAGAAGUUGGAGAAGAAUAGAUGGCAAAGAGUCCACAGCAUGACAGUAAGAGUCAAUUGCCAUGUACGUUCCAUGAUAAAUGAAUACAAUGCAUUUACCAGGAGUUCGUCGGAAGAAAUGAAUCAGAUGGAAAACCUUUUAAUAGACAAGUGUUCAGAAUUUACAUCAUUUACAGAAAGGUGCAUACAAGUAGAAGAUGAACAGAUGCUGAAGUCUAUGAAAUCUUGUAUUAAUGAAACGCUCACUUCUGUUGCUCAGUAUUUUGGCCAGUUGAUAGAGCUGGUUUUAACACAUGAGGUGCAGAACCUGCUGAGACAAAUAGAAUCGUCGGAUAGUGUGUACAUCACUGAGUCAGCAAUUAACAGCUUAUUCAGCCUCACCCAGGAAGGUACUCAUCUGUGCCGUAUCAUAGCUAAGGAAGGAGGUGUCGUUGCUCUCUUUAAGAUCUGCCGCCAGGAUUAUUUCAGGUGCCUUUAUCCCCAGACAUUGAGAACAUUGGCAUCCAUUUGUUGUGUUGAGGAAGGGAUGCACCAGCUGGAAAAGGUCGAUGGAAUACUGUGCCUGGCUGACAUUCUUACUGAUAACACCCAUUCAGAAGCCACUCAUGCAGAAGCAGCGGCAGUAAUUGCACAGAUCACAUCUCCACAUCUCACAUUCACUCAACAUCUCAGCAGCUUUCUGGAAAAUAUGGAAGAAAUUGUAACAGCGCUUGUUAAACUGUGCCAAGAAGCCUCAUCUGGUGAAGUUUUCCUGCUGGCUUCAGCAGCUCUUGCCAAUAUUACUUUCUUUGAUACUAUGGCUUGUGAAAUGUUGCUUCAGCUAAAUGCUAUGAAGAUUCUUCUAGCAGCGUGUUCAGACAAACACAUAGUGGAUACUCCAUAUUCCCGAGAUCAGGUGGUAACAAUAUUGGCAAACAUGUCUGUCUUAGACCAAUGUGCUUCAGAAAUCGUUCAAGGAAAUGGUGUUCAGCUUUUAAUGGAAAUGCUCUUUGAGAGGUCAUCUUCAGGAAAUUCAGCAGAAGUUGCUGCUUGUGAGCGAGUUCAACAGAAAUCUGCAGUUACACUGGCACGACUCAGCCGGGAUCCUGAAGUGGCAGAUGCAGCUGUAAAACUCAGCUGUAUUCCUCGCCUAAUUAAACUUUGCAGAUCACCAACUGAAAGAAAUAACAGUGAUUCUGUUUUAGUAGCAUGUCUGGCAGCGUUAAGAAGACUAGCAGUUAUGAGUCCUGAUCGACUUGAAGAUUCAGAUUUUCAGCAGUUAGUAAAGCCUAGGCUUGUGGAUUCCUUCCUGCUAUGCACAAAUAUGGAAGAGAGCUUUGUAUAAAUGUGAGCCAAAAGCAAGAUAUUCUUUGAAAAACAAUCAAGAUAAUACUUACAUAAUGAGAUAGUACAUACUCAGUUUCACUUAGAUGUAGUCCUAUUGUUAUUUAUGACUUAUUUAUUUUAAGACCAUGACCAUGUGGCUUGUGGACAAAAGAAAUACAAUAAAAAAACUUAUUUCUAUGGUUUGUAAAGGUAAAUUAAAAAAAAAAAAAAAAGCAAAACAAUACAAAAACUUCCUAUACUAAGGCAUAUUAGGAAAUUUUAUCAUUGCAGCCUGACAAUUAUUGUCAUAUUUAGUAGAACUGAAAGAAGGUAUAGAAGCCAAGAAUUUGGUGCUCUUAUUUUAAAUGCUUGUAAUGAUGUCUUAUUGCUGAUAUUUUUCUGUAGUUGGAACAUUUUUCAGUUUCUUUAGCAAAUGCAUUAAUCUGUUGCAUUUGUUGCAUCAAAAGAGAAAUGAUCCUUAAGGCUGUAAAUGCAUUCUUUAAAACGAACGGGAUGUCGCCGUCUAAGUCCAGUUCCUUAUUGUUCUAUCUUUUAAUAGAGUUCUGAAGAUAUGUAAAUGAGUUUUUUUCAGAAAAUUUUCGAAUAUUGGCUUGGCAUUAUGUUAAAGGGCAUUUCUAAGCUGUAUAAAGAUGUGCUUCCUUAGAAGAUAUGUAAAUACAGACAACUUUUAUUUGCAUGUAAAGAAACUAAAAGACUUAUAGAAAAGUCUUCCUGAGAUCAAACCUAUCAUAAGUGUGAGAUUUAGGAUCACUACACUUCAAUAAUCUUCCCUCCUUUCCAAGCCUUCCAAGAAGUGAAAGUGAGUACAUACAGACAUGUUUUUAAUACUCAGUUUACUACUUCUACAAAAAAUUUUGCUUGCAUACGCUAAAUAAUUAGAACACGUAAUUGCAACUUGAAUUUCCAUUUUCAUUUUUUUAAGCUAGUCUUGUAUUUAUAAAGCUGUGAAACAGGACUUCCAAGAAUUCUUGGAGUUGAUACAAGGUGAUUUUAUGAGUAGAAUACAAGAAAAAGAAUAGAGUUGAUUUUAAAAAUAGAUUCAUCUUUUUCUUUUCAUCAAGAAGCCAUAUGCAUUUACAAUUAGUCUACCAGCAAUAUCCUGAGUGUUUUCUACCCCAACUUUGCACAAAAUGUUCUGUAAGUUAUGAAAGUAUAUGUAAUUUUUUCUUGAUGACUUGCAUCCAUUGCUCUGGAUCAUUUUGUGAUUGAAAACUUUAUGGUGCUAGGACAUAUGCCAAAUAAAUAAGUACACUUCUUUACUGUACUUACUUCAUAGAUAUCUUAAGCAACUUAAUUCAUUAAAGCUUAUUUAGUAUUAUGUGGUUUUUAGAUGACAGGCACCAGGAAAUUGCUAAGCCAUGUUUGCCUUCCACAUUUUCUUUGUCUGAGGAAUCUUCCUUGCUUCAAGCAGUGACAAAUGGUAACCACCUUUUCUUAUAUUCUAGAAUAUAUGUUCUAAGAAGUCUUUGCCUUAAUAGUUCUUCAAGGGAAGUUUUAAAAACAUUAAAAGACACACAAGAAUGUCUUAAGCAACUGUUCAAAAAUAAACAGUGAAUCAGAUGUUUCACAGAUGUGAUUUCCUAGUAAGAGAAGGGAUGAAUUCUACUUUGUGUGCAUACUUUGAGGCAACUCCUUAAGUUUAUGACAUUGAGACAUAUUGUACUGCACAGCUUUCAAAUUAUUACUCGAGUGACUGACAACAUUUUCUUCACAUAGCAGAAAUGUGUGUAUGCUUUGAACAGUAGAAUCAAUAUUCUUCAUGUAAAACAAUGAACUCAAAACUCAUAGUAGGACCUUAUGUUCAUUUCUUAUGUUGAUAAUCUCUAACAGAACACAAUCUGUCAAAACCUGUCGCUUAACGCUGUGCUGAACAUCAUUCUGUUAACUGCAGCUAACAUCAGAAACUAUUCAUUUGUACACAGGGCAGUUUGUCCCAUAAUAGAUGAUGUUAAAAUCUCAUGAAAAAGAAAACAAAUAAUUGUGGGGCAUAUACAUUCAGAAAAGGGCGGAGAUGUUCUCAUGAUCGUGGCAAUGGAGUAGUAUAGUAAAACUGGGAGCUCCAAAUCCAAUUUACACUGAUAUUACUCAGGAAAGUAGCAGUGGACUAUAGAUGGUUAGUGCAAAUGUAACAGUCUCUCUUGUGGAAAGUAUGAGCAGACUGUUGGACAGUUGUUGCUCAUAGAUCAGAAUCAUAAAACCAGGGAAAUUUCAGUGCUUCCAAGGCAAAAGGCCUAAUUCCUGGGCUUUCAGAAGUGCAGCUCAACUGUAAGAUAGUAGCAUGCUAGUGUGUGUAUAUAUAUAUAGACGCAGCUUCCUGUGUAUGUAUACAUUUAUCCCUUAAUCUCCUUUUUUUUAUA